AAUAAAAGUAGUAUUAUGGUAUUCCAUUAAGACGUGAUAUUUUAUUAUGAUUUCAUAUUGCAGUGAAGAUGUUGAAUGUAUAAAAGAGUGAUAUUAAUAUCGGUUAUCAGUCAGUUUUUCUGAUGUCAAUUUGAACAGUAAUACUAACAGCCAAGUAUGAGAACCGCCAUAGCGUUAUGCCUCUUGACUAUAUCUUGCAAUGCGGAUGCAACCUUUUUAAACAUUUUGGUGGGUCAAAUUCGAAACGCGAGAUUAGACGUAGAAAAUACUAUACGGCAACUCGAACUUCUUCGUGAUAAUGUUCAGCAAGACGCAGACCUGACAGUCAUGAAAAUAUGGUUGAAACAAAUGAAAGAGUACGAUAACUACACCAUUUCCAUACUUGAUAAAAUACAUAAAGAGGUAGAAGACGCCAAGGCAAAUGGUAAAAAUGCUCAAUCAUGCUACGAUAACGCUCUUAAUAUUUCUCGGAUUACCGACUACGAAUUAAUCGCUGAAGCACGAUUAUGCAUAUAUACUUCAACAUGUUCUAUCAAGGACAAUCUUAAUUUUAUUGAUAAUUACAUUACGGCCGGAUUUGAGUUAAUAAAAGAAUUGGAUAAGAUCUUUCCAGAUUGCUACGAAAAAAAUUCGAGACUUAUCGACAUUUUAAAAUUACAUAAUUGUAUCUCCACUCAGCUUAGAACAAGUAAGAAUAGCGUGAACAAUUUGAAGACUGAUGCCAGUUCCGCCAAAGCUAUCUCUAAAAACGCAAAAAAUGUUGUCGUUGAUCAGUAUACUACUUGCCUAAAUAAUGCUUACUCGACCGCAUACUCAAAAGUCGAGGAAGCCAGAUCAACCGCUACCAAGUGCCUCAACUAAUUGUAGAAAUAUAUCUUUGAUCAUUGCAUUAUGCGAUUAUGAUUUGUUGCGAUUUGAAGUUAUACUCUAGAAAAAUCAUUAUUAUCGAAAAAGAUAGUGUUUUGCAAUUAGCUUUUUCCAUUACUAAAAUUUAUGUUUAACGGAGUUUACGAUACAUCUUGAGAUUUUAUUAUUUACAUGAAAGAUUUUUUUUAAAUAUAAUAUAAGAUAAGUAAAAAUAAUUACAAAAUAGGAAUUACUUUAUUAUAUAUACUACGUUACUACAUUAUUGUUAACAACACCAACGUAUCACUUAAUUAUACGCUUUAGUAGAAUGGAAAUUAAAUGACGUAAUAAAUUUUCUGCGAAAAGAUAUGUUAUUUGUACAACUGAAAUAUACGUUUUUACUUUCUAA